UAUUUCCAAACGACAACAUGAAAUACGAAAUAAUUUUCAUUUUUGCCAUAUUUGUGUCGGCGGCUGUGGUUAAUGCUGAACUUACCCCCGAGAAGCAUGAGCUUUCGGAAGCAAUAAUUAAAGAGGAAACUAAAUAUGUCGAUCGUGAGUGUUUCGAUCAGGUGAAAGCUGAGUUUAUGCGGCAACUUGAUGAUGCCAUUGACACAUAUAUUGACCGAGUUGAAAAUGGUGGAAUUAUUUACAGAAAGGGAGUUCGCUUAAAUGUCACGCGAUUUAUUUAUAAAACUCUGCUGCCAAAAUCUGUUGUCAAUGCAAGCGAAGAAUGUAUACAAAAAGUGAGGGAUGUUUUCAGAGUGAUUAUGAAGAGACGUUAUGGCAGAUUUAUUAGAACCAUUGAUCCCUAUUUUUAAAAAAUAAUAACAGCUGAAAUAAAUUUUCAAAAAUUGUGGUUCUCAAGACCUU